AUAACUAGUUUUUUUAAAAAAAAAUAGAUUAAGGUGAAAGUUGAAAAAGACAGAUGACAUCACACUUCUUCUUCCUUCCAACCGAUUCCAGUCAUUUGGAAUUAAUUGGAGGUCAGUCAGGUCAUGUGCUCCACGCUGACAGUUCAUUCACUCUUGCCAACCAACUUAGGUGUACUUACUUUUAUUUUUUGGUAAACCUAAGCCCUUAGGUGUGUACUUACUUUAUUUAAUUUAAACACAAGUAAUAAUAAUAAUAAUAAUCAAUAUUUGUUCAAGUCAAAAAUAGUAAUAAUAAUAAUAUUUCUUGAACAAAGCUUAGCUGUUCAUUAUUUUUUGGGGUUUUCAAUCAAUGGGUUUGGUUCAACAAUUGACCUCUGUUGACUGGCAACAACAAUCCUACCCUGCUUUUCAGGAUUUCUUCCUUCUUCCUUUCUUUGCUUUCUUAUUUCCUUCCCUUCGUUUCAUUCUCGACAGGUUCAUUUUUGAGAAAGUAGCUAGACGGUUGAUUUUUGGAAAAGGACAUGAGGGGCUUGAUUAUAAGACAGAUGAUAGGAGCAAAAAGAUUAGGAAAUUUAAGGAAUCGGCAUGGAAAUGCAUUUAUUUUCUAUCAGCAGAAAUUUUUGCGUUGUCUGUAACAUAUGACGAGCCUUGGUUUACUGAUACAAAAUACUUUUGGGUUGGGCCAGGGAAUCAGAUAUGGCCGGAUCAAAAGAUUAAAUUGAAAUUGAAGGGACUAUAUAUGUAUUGUGCUGGCUUUUAUUCAUACUCCAUACUUGCUUUAAUAUUCUGGGAAACAAGACGCUCGGACUUUGGCAUUUCGAUGACACAUCAUGUUGCGUCUCUCAGUCUCAUUGUGUUAUCCUACAUUUUUAGGUUUGUUCGAGUUGGAUCAGUUGUUUUAGCUCUUCAUGAUGCUACUGAUGUGUUUCUGGAGAUAGGGAAAAUGUCAAAAUACAGCGGUGCUGAAACAAUUGCUAGCUUUGCAUUUAUUCUUUUUGUUUUGUCUUUCACCAUACUGCGUUGCAUUUACUAUCCAUUCUGGGUUCUUCGAAGUACAAGCUAUGAAGUUGUUGUCGCUUUGAAAUCGGAAAUGAGUUGGGUGGAUGCUACAAUAUAUUAUUAUGUAUUUAAUACUCUUCUAUUCUGCUUGCUUGUUCUUAAUAUAUUUUGGUGGGUGCUCAUGCUUCGGAUGCUUGCUGCUCAAAUCCGCGCAAGAGGAAAAGUUAGUGAAGAUAUUCGAUCUGCUCUCACUUGGUACAUCCUCCACACGCACAAUAUACAUAUGUUUGAAGCGAACUGGAUUUCCUGCAGUAAACUGCAGCACGCAGUAACUGAUCAGAGCCGUCCGAUUUCAAAUCUGCGUCCGAUUUCAAAUCUGCGUCCGAUAUUGCAUUGCAGUGUAAAACUGAGUCUUAAUCUGAACUGUUCAAUUUAAUACUAAUGGCUGCGAUUUAGUAUAGCACGAAACUGUGUGUAAUAUCUACAGCAGGGAAUCUAGAUCCAUCUUUGAAGUAGUAGUGGAUGCAAUAGAAGGGGAUAGACAAUGAUGUUGAUGUAUUAUAUGAUGCAAAACAUCAGAAAAUAUCACAUUUCAUUCAAUCGAUCUUGAUGCGGAAGACCGAUCUACAUAGCUACAGUUUUAGCAAUGGCUUUGGUCCAUAUAAAGUUUAACUAGUUGUUCGAUUGUAAAUGGCUGCUCUUUACAUUUUCUUUU